AGGAAGAAAUUCUGGUAUGACAGCCCUACCCUGGGAUCUAAAUUGAUGUAUAAACCAACCAACGUGGACUUUGUAAUGAAAAAUGACCAGACAAAAACUAGGAAAGAAGAUAACAUACGCUGCAGAGUUUUGAAUAGUCUUAUUUAUAAAGCUGUGUCAGAGAUGGUGACUACCUGUGAAGUUAAUCAAGAACUUUUUGAUCUCAAGCUGGAAAUCUGCAAGGUGUCCCUGGCAUCGAACUUCUCAGCAUGUCGUGUGUACUGGAACCCUGCUGCCACCGCAGAGGACGAGGGCUACGUUGAGAGUGUCCUGCGGAGGAGCGCGCCGCGCAUACGGUAUCUUCUGAGGAGUCAGCAGAUUCUAGGAAAUGUACCCCCAAUAGUGUUUAUAAAAGACAAAGAAGCUGCAGCUGUAAAAGAGAUUGAGAAAUUAUUAUCAAUUGCUGAUUUUGGACCUCCAGAAGAAGAAGAAACCUUAGAUCAAAAUGAUUCUAGCAAACUGCUGUCUUCACCAGCUCAGUCUUCAGAUUCACCCAUGCAGUCUAACCUUUUUGGUAUUGACCAUGAACUGCUGAAUAAGCAGAUAAUGGAAUACAAAAGAUUGAAAGUGUCAAGAGACAUAGAAAGCAUUGCCUGGACAGAAGAACAGGAGCAGCAGCUUUCUAAGAUUCAGAAGAAAAUGAAAAAGAAAAAAAGAAGUAAUCCUCCUGAUGAUGACAUUACACCACAGAAAUACUUACUGGACAGAUAUGAAGCUGAUUACUGGGAUGAUAACACUGAAUCAGUCUCAGACUGUGAGCUGGAGGAUGAAUUACAGGAAGAGGUAGAUGAAUUGAAGGAGGACGAUAGCAAAGCUCCAAGUCAGCCUACUGAUAAAUGA